AUGACGGAGCGGAAGGGCCACAGGGUCACAGCUGCACCCAGAAACACAAAGAAAAACGCAAGAGAGAGCCAACAGAAAGACUGCGCGCUUGUCCAGAGGGGAAGAAAGAGAUUUUGUGGAGUGUUUGGAGGGGGUUCGGUGUCAGCCAUGAGCUCAGACAGCGAGGGUCUGUCAGUCACAAACACAGACCCCCAAACAGCUAACUCCAGACUUAUUCUGAGGGAAGAUCCUCAUAGAAUUAGAUUGUUUGCUCGGCAUCAUGCUCACAUCUCUCUUUGUCUGUUCUUCCAGUUUCUGCGUGUGGAGCAGGAUAAAGAAUGCAACACAGACUGCUCUGGAGCUCCUCGAAAGCCUCUGUGCGCAUCAGACGGACGGACCUUCAGUUCCCGCUGCGAGUUUCUCCGUGCAAAGUGCCGUGACCCUCAGCUGGCGGUCAGUCGAGGGCAAUGCAAAGAUACGCCCAAGUGUGUUGCAGAGAAGAAAUACACAGAGCAGCAAGCCAAGAAACUCUUCCCACAGGUUUUUGUGCCUGUCUGCAAUCCUGAUGGAACCUACAGUGAGGUUCAGUGCCACAGCUACACUGGUUACUGCUGGUGUGUGAUGCCCAAUGGCAGACCAAUCAGCGGCUCUGCAGUAGCCAAUAAGAAACCCCAGUGCCAAGGGUCUAAGAACAGUAAAGUAAAUCCGAAGGAACCAGGAAAAUCAGAUCCGUCGACGGUUUUAGUAGUGGAGUCGCAGCCGUCGGUUGACGAGGAAGACAUCAUCUCUCAGUAUCCUACACUCUGGUCAGAGCAGGUCCGCAGUCGACAAAACAGGACCAGAACACAAUCGACCUCGUGUGAUCAGGAGCAGCUGUCGGCACAGGAAGAAGCAAGACAGCAUAAAAACGAAGCGGUUUUCGUGCCUGACUGCGCCAGUGGUGGCCUUUAUAAACCCGUCCAGUGUCAUCCCUCCACUGGGUACUGCUGGUGUGUCCUGGUGGACACUGGGCGGCCCAUACCCGGCACAUCCACAAGACAUGAACAACCAAAAUGUGAUGGAAACGCCAGAGCUCAUCCAAACAAACCCAAGGACCAUUACAGGAGCCGACACCUGCAGGGAUGUCCAGGAGAGAAAAAAACUGAAUUUCUGACCAGUGUGUUGGACGCAUUAUCCACAGACAUGGUCCAUGCAGUAACUGACCCAGCAGCUGGCGGGAGGAUGUUGGAGCCAGACCCCAGCCACACUCUGGAAGAGCGAGUUGUUCACUGGUAUUUCAGCCAGCUUGACAAGAAUUCCAGUGGGGAUAUCGGAAAGAAAGAAAUCAAACCAUUCAAGCGUUUACUCCGCAAGAAAUCCAAGCCCAAGAAGUGCGUAAAGAAGUUUGUGGAGUACUGCGACAUCAGCAACGAUAAAGCCCUGUCUCUGCAGGAACUGAUGGGCUGUCUGGGUGUCACUAAGGAAGAGGGGGCAAAAACAGGUGAUGGCACAACAUCUAGUAAACUGAACCUGUCAAAGAAACAAGGCUAAAGUGGGCGCUAGGAUUAUUCCCGCUCCUGUCCUGCAGAUCCCGACCCCACCAAAACGACGACGGAAACCAUAGUCUUUGCACUUUGUACUUUAAAAACAUUGUAAAUUCACUUUUGUAGAAAAAUAAGGUAUUUAAACAGACUGCUGAAUAUGUGAAUGAUGUAGUUAGCAUUUGUAUGUCUUUACAACAACAUCAAAAAGAAUAAUAAUUUAACACAUACAAUGUAUGUGUCCUUUUGUGAGUCUAAAAUAAGUAAACUUUUCUAAGUUGUACGAGUUGUAUUACAUGUUGCAUUUGUCAAGGCCAUCUUUUAUUGUUAAGUAUUUUUUAUUUGUCAUUUCUUCUGCUAAUUUCUGGAUAGUUUGUAAUGCAUCUAAACUGUUUUUUAGAAACCUCGACUUAUGUUAGUUUUUAUACCAACUACUGCCUGUGCUUGGAAUUAUUACAGAUUAUAGUCCUGUACCACACAUGGAACGGGAAACAGAUCAUUUUGUUGAAAGUUCUUCAUGAUGAUUAGAAAUAAAGAAGUCUUUUAUAAUA